AUGCGCUCCUCAGGCUAUAUCACUUCUCUGGUUGCCGCCGGCGCCAUGGCCCAUUAUGAGAUAGUUACAAAGUUCCAGUACGUCACUCACUAUGUUAUCGGUGGUGGAAGCGAUGAUCCCCAGACUACCUGCGUUUCUCAGCCUCAGAAGUCCAACUUUGAGAAGCAGCCUGACGUUUCUGGGCAAUACAUUACCACUGUCAUCUACGCCCAGCCUACAAAUGUCCAGCCCGUCAAGAGACCGAAGCAAGCCCCCAACCAGGAUUCUGUUUCCGGCUUUGGUCCCAGCUACGGUCUCUCUACUGAUCAGCAAGAGGCCGUUAACCUCCACAACGACGCCCGUAAAGCCUGGGCCGAUCACCUCGCUUCCAUAGGCUUUCUCCAGCAUUCUAAAGGUGACCAUGGUGAGAACCUCUACAUGGGUACUACUGAUAGUCCUUACUCUGUUUCCGUCAAGGCCUUCCUCGCCGAGAACAGCCAAUACAACGGUGAGGCCAUCUCGGGCUCCAACUACCUGAACUUUGGUCAUUACACCCAGUGCGACAGCAGCGGCGUCUCCUGGGUCGUCGCCCGCUACCAGAAGCCGGGUAACAUGAAAGUCCUCGAAACUAAUCUUAUCGGCGAAAAGCCUUAUUAA